AUGGCCGCCACGCGCCUCAGCUUCACCGUCUGCGGCCUCAUCAGCCACCCGGUGUUCCAGAAGUGCAGCGAGGCGGCGGAGUACCUGCGGCGGGAGUACAGUGAUGAGUUUUACGUGGAGGUCUUCCGCGAGGUCCCACGCGACUUCCACAGCCGCCGGCAGAAGAUGCUCGACGAGGGGAGCAUCGCGGACGGCGACAUGGACGUCAUCGUGCUCCGCGACGGCGGGGUGGCGAUGUCGGGGGAGGCCUUCCUGCGCAUGCUGCAGGAGCAGACGCACUUUCGCCUCCUCGACCUCCCCGCGGCGGCGGCGAACUCCUACGAGGCGAUGGCCUUCGCGUCGUGGAAGCGCUUCCUGCGGGAGCGCGGCAACAGGUACUGCUGGAUGCUGGUCUCCAUCGACGGCGCCGUCCGCGGCCGCAUCACGUUUGAGCUCUACUCGCAGGUUGUGCCCAGCACCUGCAACAACUUCUGGCACCUCUGCCACGGCGACCUUGGCAGCGUGCCUGCCGUUGCCGACGGCGACGGCGAGGCGCAGCCGCUGGAGCUGACGUACAGGGGAUCCAAGUUCUUCCGCAUCCUGCACGGGGCGUGGGUGAUGGGCGGCGACAUCUCUAGGGAUCACAACGGCAACGGGGGGUACUCCUGCUACGGGCGGUACUUCCCAAACGAGUCCUACGCCAUCCCGCACGACGCCCCAGGGGUGGUUGGGAUGUGCAACGACAGCGAGGACACCAAUGCGUCGUCCUUCUACAUCACGAUGAAGGCCAUGUCGUGGAUGAAUGGCCGCUACGUGGCGUUUGGCCGGGUUAUAGACGGCAUGGACGUCGUGGCGGCCAUCCACGACGUAGAUGUAAAACACAAUCAAAGCCCCUGCAAGACGAUCACCAUCAGUGACUGCGGCGUCAUCGACCUCACCGACGACUGA